AUGCUAUCAUCUUCUGCAUCACCUGCUAUCAUCUUCCGCCUCACCUGCUUUCCUCUUCCGCCUCACCUGUUAUCCUCUUCCGCCUCACCUGCUCUCCUCUUCCGCCUCACCUACUAUCCUCUUCCGCCUCAUCUGCUAUAUCAUACCGCCUCACCUGCCUUCCUUUUCCGCCUCAUCUGCUAUCCUUUUCCGCCUCACCUACUAUCCUCUUCCGCCUUACCUGCUAUCCUCUUCCGCCUCAUCUGCUAUCACAUUCCGCCUCACCUGCUCUCCUCUUCCACCUCAUCUGCUAUCCUCUUCCGCCUCACCUGCUUUCCUCUUCCGCCUCACCUGUUAUCCUCUUCCGCCUCACCUGCUAUCCUCUUCCGCCUCACCUGCUAUAUCAUACCGCCUCACCUACUAUCCUUUUCCGCCUCAUCUGCUAUCCUCUUUUCCGCCUCACCUGCUAUCCCCUUCCGCCUCACCUGCUAUCCUCUUCCGCCUCAUCUGCUAUCCUCUUCCGCCUCAUCUGCUAUCCUCUUCCGGCUCACCUGCUAUCCUCAUCCUCCUCACCUGCUAUCCUCUUCCGCCUCACCUGCUAUCCUCUUCCUCCUCACCUGCUAUCCUCUUCUGCCUCACAUGCUAUCCUCUUCUGCGUCACCUAUGAGAUGCGACACCCUUUGA